AUGGCCACCAACGGCGCCGGAGGCGCGCAGUCGUCGCCCCAAGCUCGACCUGCGAGAGCGCCAAGAGCGCCCGCACCGCAGCUGCAAACUGGGCUGGCACCAUCUCGCAGCAUCUCAUCGCCAUCACAGUCGCACUCGCCCUCGGCCUCGACCUCUUCGGCCAGGCCGUUUCACGACCCUGUGGUCCAGGAGCUCUGCACGCUCGACACCUUCCAGAGCUCUUUCAACACCAACGAGUUCAUCGCGCAGCUCACCACCAAGCUCGUACAGAGAUCCAAGGCCGACCCCGGCCCCUUCAACCCAAGACCCUUCAUACGCACCUUUGAGUCGGCCCUCGAGCAGCUCACCCAGAUCCGCGGCCAGGUGACCGCCCAGACCCAGGUGCUCUCGUCAUCGGUCCAUGUGGCCGAGUCGGCCUAUACAAAGAAGCUCGACGAGCUGUCCAAGAACUUCACCGCCGUCGGCAACUCGUUCAGCUCGCUCGAGGACCGCAUCUCCGAGGUCGGCAGGACGGCCAUCCGCAUCGGCGAGCAGCUCGAGACCAUCGACCGGCAGCGCAACCGCGCCAGCGAGGCCCACGACCUCAUCGAGUUCUACUACAUGUUCGCACGCGGCGAUCCGUCCAAGCUCGAGCGCGUGCGCAAGGAGGGCGGAAAGGAGGGGCGGAUGAAGGCGGCCGUCAUCGCCAGGAGGCUGGCCGCCAUCAGCCGCGAGGUCGACGUCCGCGGAAGCGAGCAGACCCGCGAGGCAAUCGACCGCUACUGCGAGCGCUUCGAGCGGGACAUGCUCAAGCUAUUUGACAAGUUCUACCGCAAGUCCGACCCGCGCAUGAUGAGCCACAUUGCAAAGGUGCUGCAGGGGUUCAACGGCGGCGCCAGCUGCGUCCAGAUCUACGUCAACCAGCACGACUUCUUCAUCAGCAAGGACCGCGUCGGCGAGGCCAGCACGAUCGAGGUCAGCAGCAUCUGGAAGCACCUUGCCGACCCCGACCAUCCGCCGCCAAAGACCGAGCCGGCCCUGUCGUCGCUCUUUGCCGAGAUCCGCCAAACCGUUGAGGUCGAGGCGCAGAUCAUCUCAGCCGUGUUUCCCAACCCGCUGGUGGUGAUGCAGACCUUCCUGCAGCGCGUCUUUGCGCAGUCGGUGCAGGCGUUUGUUGAGGUCAUCAUGGAGAAAGCGGGGCAGAUAGGCUCGCCGAGCUUUGUCACUGCGCCCGGCGUCGUCAACGGUUUGACGGGCGUCAUGGAGCUGCAGGCAGGCGCUGCGCAGCCUCCCGCAUCCCACCUCGCCUUCCUCCGAGCGCUGCACCUUUCUCGGUCCAGCGCGCUGACCCUCGUCAACGACCUCAAGCUUUAUGACUUCCGCGGUGCCGGCAUCGUCGGGCCGAACCCCUCGUCGACAGCGGCGGCGGGCGGCGUGUCGGAAUCGGGCGCGCUGACAUUGCUCGGCGGCGAUGGCGGCGCGACUGGGCAGAUGACGCACGCGGCGGCGAGCCCCUUGGCCACCAUGCUCGACCAGGCCGUCGAGGAGCUCUUCGUUCCGUACAUGGAGGGGAUACGGUACCUUGAACGCGAGACGCGCAGCCUGACGGACCUCUACGCUGGCUACCUGUCCAGAUUUACGGCAUACCAUAAAACGCCCAACAAGGCGAAACCGGCGGCUUCGAACACGAUCUUCAACCGCAUGAGGAACCAAAUCUCGUCAUCGUCGGAUGCCAAGGACAACAACGCGGCGGCGACAUCGUCGUCGUCAACGAGCACCACCAGCGGCACCAUGUCCGGGGCCAAAUCCUCGUUCUUCAAGCUCUCCGGACUGGCCGACCCAGCUGCAGCGGCGGUCCCCGCGGCGGUUCCAGCCCCAGGCGAGGCAGGCACUGCCGACUCGGGCGAUGCAGGGCCCACAGACGAGAUCGACCUGGAGCGAGAGGGCGAGCUAAGCCUGGAUGUGGCGGAGCGUAUGCUCAAGUGGCAUGCCGAGGCAAUAGGGCGCUGUGUCGACCUCAGCAGCUCUUCCGAAGUGCCCAAGACGACCUUCGCGCUGCUCAAGGUGUUGGCGUCGGCCUACAUCAAGACGUACAUCGAAACGGCGCUCGACUCGGCCCUCGCCACCGUCUCGCAGCACGACACGAGGGGGCCGCAGCUGCCAGACCUGUCGCUGAUCGGAGUCAUCCGCAACGUCGAGCUGCUCGUCUCCCUGUGGCAGCACUACGUCAACACAGCGCUGGUGCCGCUCGCCAGCACCAGCGUGACAAUCCGCCGCGAAAUGGUCAUCUUCAACAACCACAACCUCCUACGCGUCGAGGGCAAGUGCGACGCGCUGAUGCAGAAGCUGGCCGACAACGUCGUCAACUACCUCGCCAACCGCCUCGCGACGCAGAAGAAGAACGACUUCACGCCCAAGAAUGACGAGCUGGCCUUCUCGCGCAUGAACACGGAGCCGUGCAUGGCUUGCUCCGAGGCGCUCGAGAAGGUGCAGCAGAUCGCCAGGAGCAGCCUCAGCUCCGCCGCCGCCGAGCCGUACAUGCAGGCCAGCGUGAGCGUCGCGGGGCGACCGGGAUCCGCAGGCACGCUGGCGUCGCGGUCUGCAGCCCACGACGACGAGGGCUCCGACUCGCUGGCUCACGGCUCCGCGGGCAGCAUGUUGAUGGGCAAGGCGAGCCUGAGCAGGAAUGCCGAGAGCUUCCUGACCGAGGUCGGCGUCGCCUUCCACGGCCUGCUGCUCGAGCACCUGAGAAAGUUUACCGUCAGCCCGGCGGGCGGCCUGAUGCUGACCAAGGACUUGGCCAUGUACCAGGAUGCCAUCGGCACUUUUGGCAUCCCCGCGCUCGCGGAUCGCUUCGAGAUGCUGCGGCAGCUUGGCAACCUCUUCAUUGUCCAAGCAAGCGUGCUCAAGUCGUACAUGCGGGAGUCGCACCUCGCCAAGAUCGACGAGCGGCUGCUGCGGCCCUACCUGCUGCGCCGGGCCGACUAUGCACGCGAGGUGCGCGAUCUCGAUUCGGCGACGCCGCCCCUGCGCAUGGGAGAAAACAGCGGCAGCGCGACUGGGCCGGGCAGCGGCGGUGCGACGUCGAGCGGGGCGGCUGCCGGGGCAGGCGGCGGCAGUGCGAGCGGCCGGGAUCUGUUCGCCCACCUGCCCAACCUCAUCACGGGCACGUCGACGCCGACCAGCGCCCAUGGCGGCGGAGGCUCGGGUGCCGAGGCGAUCAAGUCGCAGAGGCUGGCCGAGAUCCUCAAAGACCUGGAGAGCUUUAGCAGCGCGGCGACCGGAACAUCCGCGGCAGCAGCGGAAGGGGAUGCUCGGAUCGACGGUCAGACGUAG